UAUAAAAAAAAAUCUUAUGUUAUUUUAUGCUUCUGAUAUUUAAACAUUUCCUAUGAUACUUUUUACCAUAUUUGUAUCUAUUAAAUGUUUAUGGUAUUCUUUUUACCACUAAAGCAAAUUAAGCUUGAUAAACCUUUGGUCAGAAAACAUCUAUCAUACAUCUCCAAAAACAAUAAAUAUGUUCCUCAUUCUGAACCACUUGGGAAAAACUCAGUUAAUAAAUUAUUGACAUUUUUUGAUCAAAACAAAAACCAAAAGUUAAUGACCUUAACAGGAGCAGGGAUUUCAACUGAGAGUGAUAUCCCUGACUACAGAUCUCCUAAAACUGGAGUUUAUGAAAAAAGUAAUAACCUCAAAAUUAGAUUACCAGUUACAUUUCAAGAAUUUUAUCAUGAUCCUUUUUUCAGGAAAAAAUUUUGGGCCAGGCAUUACUUAGGCUACAUGAUAUAUAAUUCUAAAAAUCCAAAUAUAAGUCAUAAAGUUUUGGCUAGAUGGAGAAAAAUUGACCUUUUAAAAUUUUUGAUAACACAAAAUGUGGAUGAUCUCCACCAAAAAGCUGGGAUGGAUGAAGAAAGCAUGAUACAACUUCAUGGCAACUUUCAAAGAGUUAUCUGUUUAAAAUGCGGUUCCCAAUAUUCACGCAAAAUUUUGCAAGAACAAUAAUUUUUAAUUUUAUCUAAAUCCUCUGAUGCAUACACACACACAACUGAAAAUGAUGCUGAAAGAUUUAUUGCUCCAUCCUGUACUCAUUGUGGAAGUGAUUACUUGAAACCUGAAGUUGUUUUCAUAGGUGAAAAUGUCAAGCCUCAAGUCAUACAAAAAGUUGAUGCCUGGAUUAAGGAAUCUGAUUAUCUACUAGUUUUGGGAUCAUCUUUGACUAUGUAUUCUUCUUAUCGAAUCGUUUCCACAUUUUAUCAAUCCCAAAAACCGAUCGCGAUCAUUAAUAUAGGAGGUACGAGAGCCGACAAUUUAGCAAACGUUAAAAUUGAUGCUCGAUUAGGGGAGAUAUUGCCUGCAGUUGAUGAGAAGAUUAUUAAUUAAUAUUAUAAAAUAUAGUAAUACGAGUAUACCUUUCAAGGACCACGACAAGGCAACAUAUUAGUGUAGGAUAUUAUUUUAAUAAACGAUGAUUUAUUUUAUAUAAAAAUGUUUCUUUGAAUAUUUAUUUUUAGCUUUAAAUCCUAAUAUAUUUAUAAUUUUUUUUAAUAAUAAUUGAUCAAUUAUAAAUUUUAGCAUCCUUAUCUUAAAAGUUAUAUAAGAUAAUUGUUUUUGUUAUUUAUUUUUAAAUCUAACUUCUCUUUUUUUAAAAAAAACACAUAUUGGCUGACAUUUCAUAAAAAGUUUAUAUUAUAGAAAUUUUUAUAGUGAUAUUGAAAUUGAUGUAUUUUUGAAAAGCUAAAAGACAUUGUAUGUAUAAUUAAAUAAAUAGCCAAAAAGUGGUAUAAAAAUCCUGGCUAGAUCAUUUUAUAAACUAAAUUAAUUUAAACGGGAACAUUUAAUAUUCAUUUUCUACUCAUAUUUUCAAUUGCUUGUAAAAUUUAAAAAAAACUGUUGAACAUAUUAUUUUGUUAAAAAUUUACAGCAACUAUAAAACUAAU